UCAUUUGACGUGAGACGUGACAAAAAUUCGGGAUUUUUCAUUUUCCGCAGUUUGUUAAAAAAUUUUUCUUUUCAAAUUUGUAGUUAAAAACAAUUUAAAAUAUGUUUUAAAAGAGCUGCCAGUUAUUUUCUUGCAUUUCUUCAACCUUAGAAUAAUAAAACAACACGUUAUCUACCAAAAUCCGCCCCAGUGCAUCAAAGAAACACCGAAAAGUUUUUGUUAUUGCCACGGUUUUAAUUGCUUUUGGCUUUUGUUUGUUGAAAGAGAAAAACAAAAUUCUAUUUACGAAGUUAUCUGGUUUUUAUUUUGAUGAAACGUAAUGCUUUGCGCUGGAAAUGAGCUGGUUUGAUACGACUAGACUGGCGAGUUUGACUAAACACGCUCUAAAAGAAGCCCAAAAACAGAUUGACAAAGCCCUGGACAUUCAAGACGACCUCGAUGAAGACCCCACUACGGCGAAAGAGAAGCGCCUGAGCGAGAAGGUUGAACCUGAUGUUACAGCUGCUGCUGCAGUAACGACGGAGAAGAGCAAAACUGCUCCUUCUACCCCAGUCGUCCAGCAAAUGCAGCCCGCAGCAGGUUUGGCCAAGUCUACAGAUUCCCAAGCGGCAUGGGGUUCGUUUACGGGGUCGUUCUUCGAGAACCCAAAUGCCAAGGAAAUGAUAACAACUCCACCGAAAAGUGGUGGCCAAAGGCAUUCGGUGACUACAACUGAGCCACUUCUAUCGAAGCGAGAAUCAGUCACUUCGAACUCGGAUUCUGUUGACCUUCUGUCACCUCCUACAUCUCCGAGUUCUCCCUCGGAAACCAUGAACAACUCUGAAUCCGUGGAACUGAUAACACCUCCAACAUGCAGCGAGGUAAUGAGUCCCGAUUCAAAUGCGUCACUUCCCGAGAGCAUUGUUAUCAUCGGAAGCGAUGGGGAUCACGAGGAAGACGACGACUCCAUGUCCUACAGCACAGUAAUGGGCGAGAGCACUACAAAAACAGCUGACAUGGUCGUAGUUCCAUUAGCAUCUGACCACAAAUCUCCUGAAACGAAGGUCAUCAUUCCCUUGAAACCUCAACCUCAAAGCCACAUAAUAGAAGAUGCCCUGUUCGAAUCGCAGACAGUCAAUUCGGACUCAACGCAGAGCUUUGAAGAUGUCCAAAUGGUCGAAGCUGCUUCGGUCACAUCCGACGACAAAGACUUAGUCAAGAUCAACUCCGGUCCAUCGUCCUCCGGCCACAAUUCCAACGAUGAAAUCGAAACCACAACAUCUUCGGAUAUCGAAAUCAUUUCCAAUCCCAAUGGUGACUCCAGCAGCGUCAACAGUGCCAGUCGCAACAGUCCCCUCAAGCAGGCCAAAGUAGUAUUCCCGCCAACCAAAAAAGGCCACUUCCGAGAGCCUUCGGAAGUGUCAACCAUAUCCGAGGACUCACAGUCCGACACAGAGAAACUAAUGCAUCGCAUAAGCGAGUUGAGUGAGAUUCUUGAAUCGAGGGAAUUACGUCUGCUGGAGCUGGCACGACAGAAUGCAGCACUUCAGGACAAAAACAACGAUUACCAGAGUCAAUUGGACGUGAUGAAGAGGAAAACGGAACACAUGGAGAGUGAAGAACACACCCAGCGGCUCUCUGCCCUGGAAAAGAAGUUCCAGAUGAGUAUACGUGAGAGGGAUGCUCUGCGUCUGCAGCUCAAGACCGCAAAAGAGGAACUCCAGUCCAAGAUUCCCAAAAACGAUUUCACCCAAGUUGUGACGGAAAAAGAACAGAUGAUUUCCGAGCUGCGUCUCGAGGGGGAAAAGCUCUCCAAGGAAGUCCUUCAGCAUUCAAAUAUCAUCAAGAAACUUCGUGCUAAGGAAAAAACCAGUGAAGCGGUGAUGAAGCGGAACAAGGAGCAAAUUGGCGAUCUAACUGAAGAAGUCGAAAGAUUGAAAAAAACAUUGAAUGCAAAGGAGGAAGUUGAACGUUCCCAGAUUGAAGCAGUGCAUAAGAUAUCCUCGGAGAAGCGAAAACUGGAAGAAGACAACACAGUUUCUCGGAGCUUGAUUGAGGAUUUGAACUCGAAAUUGAGCACUCUUCAGGCCAGCUUCGAUGCAGCCAAAGUUGAGCUGCAAAAUCGUAAACAAGCUCAUUCUGACUUAACGAAGAACGCCCAAGAACUUCAAACCCUCAAGAAAGAAAAGGACCGUGCCGAGUUAGAGAGCACCGAACUAGCUGCACAAUUAAAUGAACUACGUGAGAAAUUACGUCUCUCGGAGGCCGGGAUGACUUUGCGGGAGCAAAAACUUCGCGAGGAGAACUCUGAAUUGUUGAGACGAUUGGAAGAGUCCGAGAUUCGAGCAGAGAAUCUGACGCAGGAGGUUAGUUUGACUACAAUUCCAUUGAUGCGGCAAUUGGAAUCCCUCCAAUCGACGCUCACAAUGCGAACCAACAAUUGGGACAAACAGGAGAAGGAGUUUUUAUCCAAAUUAGAAAUCUCAAGAGCCCGCCUUCAAAGCUUAGAGAAUGUCGAGACUUCAUUCAAGGAAAAAGUCAGUCUCCUUCAGUCAAGAAUCGAAACCCUCGAAGAGAAACUCUCAGCAUCUUUGAUGCAAGAGGAACAAACUAAAAUUGCACUUCAUCAAGCUGGACUUGAGAGCAAAGUCAUUGAAACGAAUUUAAAAAGACAGUUGAAAACACUUACGGAUAGUUUUGAAGACUUGAAGAAGACACACGACGAAUUAAAACAAAAAUAUACACUUUUGGAAGAGAAAUAUGAAACAUUGAAGGCGCAAAAGAAAGAGGAACGACCAGUGGAGGUGAAUCGUGAUAAUUCAGCCAAUUAUCGCAAUCGGGAUAUUUCCGUGAGUGAAGCGAGCAAUUCCGAUGAAGCACAUCACACUUUGAGACCUAAUAAUUCAUCACCAACUCUAAGUCUUGUAGAUGAUGCAUUGGGAUCGUUGGAUUGGCAAGUGGACGAUCUGGAUUGCAUAUCGAAUUCGGGACGACAGGCCACAUCGGUUUAUGGAAUGAAUAUAAAUCUGCCACACAUGAGCCACAAUGCCAGUACAAUCGAGCACUUAACAUCGCUGGUCAAACAACGUGAUGGUGAAGUAAAUCAAUUGCAAUGGGAGCUAUCUCGAUUACAAGUCGAAAGAGACGUCUUGAAUUCGGAAAUUUCAAAUUUGUCAAUGGAGUUAGAAAAUAUCAAAGAAAAAGUCCAACUCCAUGAAGACAUAGAAAAGAACUUUGCUGAACUACAACGGCAGUACGAUGCCCUUCUGCAGAUGUACGGAGAAAAAGUCGAGCAAGCACAGGAACUCGAAUUGGAUUUGCAAGAUGUCAAAGACAUGUACAAGGCACAGAUUGAUGAGUUGUUACGUCAACGUAACAGUGGAAUCGUUAGCGUAACAACUUCCUAAAUUAUACAACUACGGGAAUGGCAAAUGUGCAUUUGGUUAGAUUUGUGUUCUUUAUUAAUUUGUUUUUAAGUAAAAUUGUUAAAACGGUGAAUGAUCUGAGUUAUGCCUUUAAAUUGCACAUAAAACACUCAAAUUGUUGUAUUUUCUUCAUUUUCCAAACACUUACAACAAGAAAAACAAACAAAAAUGUUAACGACAUCAAAAAUAACAAUAAAAUAAAUUUGUGUCAUUAUUUGUUAAGUGUUUGUCCAAGCGGUGAUAUUAUUAUUUAAAUUAAAAUUUUACUUGUUAAUUAACCAUUUAAACAUUUCGGAACCAAAUUUAGAAGAAGAAAAAGCAAAAGUAAAAAGAAAAGGGGAUAAAACACUAUAACAAAAAUUAUCUAUCAAGUUGUAUUUGAUUUAUUUUUUGUUUUUGUUUUGAUUAUUAUUUCAAUUAAAAUUACCAUUAAAAUAUAAUUAUAUAAUUUUAUGUAUAUUUAAAAUUAAAAAGAAAAACAAAAUAUUUUGUAAAUUAAGAAAAACAAUAAUAUACUAUAAAAUAUUAGAUAGCUAAAAAGUG